AUGUUCUCCAUGAAUGAACUUGCGAUGACACAAUCUAAUCUAGUGGCCUCAACGCUUCAAUUCAAAAUAUGGCCGUGAGUCAUUCCGGAGGAUGGUAAAUACUGUGACGUAACGAAUAUGCUGUGUGGUUAGUUUCAGGAGUGAGACAGUGGAUUACUAAUGCCUCUCUAAAACCCAGGACAGCGUGGUCAGUAUUGUGGAGUGGACAACAUGUCGCAGGGCGAGGAGCAGACGACACCCGUACAGGGUUUAACAAGGAAAUUAUUUGCGUGUGUGGAUUUUAUUCAGGGCUAUUUUGUAGACGCUGCCCUGUUUUGUUUCUUUCUCUCGCGGCACAUGUCUCUGCCGUUAUUCCAGGAAUAUGUUCAAGACCAAAUCCACAAAAAACAUAACCUCAACUUGAUAGACAUCCAGAAAGGCAUGAGUGGGAAUGAGACAAGCUCCUGGCACGAGGCUCAGCAGGAAAGUGUGCUCGCAGUGUUAGGACUCCAGAUUGCGGAGGGUUUACCGGCCAUCAUCACCGUCCUCAUCCUGGGGGCUGUCAGUGACAGAACAGGUAGACGGAAGAUCCUUCUGUGGCUUCCCUCGCUGGGGAGUGUUGCACAUUCUCUCAUCUAUGUUCUGAUUCUGUACACUGGAUGGAACCUGGAUGGCCUGUUUAUGGCGUCGGCCCUCAGGGGAAUCAGUGGGAGUAUGACUGCCUUCUUGGCUGGAUCAACUUAUUUUGCGAUUAACAGCGUUAAACCAAAUCAAAGAGCCUCGCGCCUUGCUAUCCAGGAGUUUUUGAACGGCGGUGCAUAUGCUCUUGGUAAUAUCAUGGUUGGAUUCUGGGUCAAGUCCAGUGGAUUUUUGCAACCAUUUUGGUUCACUUUGAUCUGUGGAGUGAUCGCCUUCUUGAUAUCCUUCUUCCUGGUACAGGAGUGCCCACUCAGCGAAGCAGACCGACCGGUUCGACACAGAAGGACUGGAAAUUGUUGCAAAGAUUUGUUUGCACCCAUGGCCAAAAUAUUCAACUGUUGUAAAAACCGAGGCCUGAUUAAAGUCUGGAUGGCCAUUUUAGCUUUCCAGACGUACGCCGCAGUGCAUAUUGGCCAGGAGAAUGUCUUAGUGUUGUAUCUUAGUGGACAGCCGUAUUUGUAUUCCUGGCGUACGGAUGUGACGGGGCCUGGGCCAUAUGUAAAGAUCGGCCUGUUCUUGUCCGUCAUCAUGGCCGUGGCAGCGGCGGCCGUGGCGCUGAGUCCACCGAUAAUGAGGAGGUUCCUGACAGAAUCAAACAUCGCCUUCAUUGGAUACUUCUCCAAGGCCCUGGGCACCCUCUGGAUUGCUGUUGUUCAUAAUGAAACAAUUUUAUAUUUUGCCAUUCUGCUGUUGGCGUUUGAACUUCUACCAUUCCCAAUGAUGAGGUCCAUCGUGUCAAGAGGAAUUUCCCCAUCAGAACAAGGGUCGCUGUUUGCUGUGAUGCAUUGUGGGGAGAGUAUAAUUUACUUCCUGGCUCCGUUCACCUUCACGGCAAUCUACGCUUCUUCGCUGCACUAUUUUGGUGGCUUCGUCUUCAUCGUGUCUAUCAUCCUGCUGUGUCUGCCUACAGGAUUCACGAUAGCCCUUCGUUAUCUGGAGAGCAGGGAGCCCCAGGGAUACGAGCCGAUGGAUGGAGCCGAUCUGCAGCCAGAGGAGGAAGGACCAUCUGCAGCACCCAGCGAAUCGGAGACCGACAGACUGGCACAGGAGCCAAUCAGCUUCAUUCAGCUCAGUCAAGAUGCAUGAUCCAACCACUGCACCCGAGUGUCCCAUCGACAAAUUAUGGAAUUUGCACCUUUAGCCAGUGAUUGCCAACAGAGGAGAGCUAGUCACCCAGAGAGUGUAUGUUGGACUUCAGGAACCAAGGUUCAGUGUACUUAUAAUCAGAAACCCGAGCUUGUCUCUGCUGACGUUAUCAGGGGAAGAUCAGCUGUAGUUUACCCUGCAUCGUAUUUCUGUUGCUCAAAAGUGAUAUUAGAAGUUGCCUGUUCAAGUGUCAACUCAUUUGGAAGAUGUUUUCUGCAUAUUUAUCCACAGUGCUUGUGUUAGUUCCACUGUUAUAUAUCUUGUUUAAGAACAAUCACAAGAGCUUUGUAGCGUGAUCUGUGGCUACAUUGGUUACUAUGCUCAGACUCCGAGAAGUACAAAAGCAAGAAACAGCUGCUUUGUAUCAGUAGGAGACUGUGUGGAUACACCAGGGGUAUUUUCUUUCUUACGUUGAGAAUUGUACAUUAAGUUUAAUUGUGUGUGACAGGUGCUUGGUGUGUUCACACAUCUGCAUUGUUGCUGUUACUAUGUUGCAUGUCAUGUGUGUCUUCAGGAUAUGAUGUGUGUAACUCUCCAGACAUAGUGUGUGUAAUGCAUGUCUUCAGGUUAUAGUAGAAGUUAUAGCAGUAUCACGGGGGAUAUAUGUGGUUUCGUGCGUCCCGCCUUAGGUUUUAUGCCAUGAGCAGGAGGCUAGUGGUAUAAAACCAAACACGGGACGCAUGAAACCACAUGUACCCUUUGUGAAACUGCUACAACAAAUUUAUCUUUCUGACAUCUUUUAAUAUGACAUUGUAAAAGAAUUAAGACAAAUUCAAAACUGAUAGAAAACAGCUGUUUGUAUGAGCUGAAGUUAACUUGUGCUAUGUUACAUGACUUUCAUUGACUUGUAAAAAGCCUGCGGCUUUUUGCUUCAAAGCUGGAUAUAUGAGAUUUAUUCUGCCUCUCAGAAAUCUGUCUUGUUCGUGGCGGGGUAUAAGGGAUUUUUUCUCUCGCUGAGCAAUUUAUUUCCCUCCAAAGUGGGAUACAUAGUAUUUUAUCAAGAUCACUUUGAACAAUCAGAUCUCAUCAGAUCUCAUCAGAUCAGAUCAUGUGUGUUAUUAUCCAAACUUAGUGUGUGUAUGUAAUGUGUGUCUUCAGGAUAUCUUGAGGAUGUAAUAUUAUCCAGAUAUAGUGUGUUUAAUGUGUGUCUUCAGGAUUUAAUGUGUGCUGUUGUCCAGAUGUCAUGUGUGUAAUAUGUGUUACAGGGAUAUUGUGUGUGUAGGGUUGGACAGUCGAGAUUAUUCUGUGCUCAUAUUGUUGCACUACCCACUGAAACUUAAGAAAUUAUUGUGAAACAAAACAGUAGGCUGUGUUGACAUGAUUGAUGAGCAUGAUGAAUAUGUUGUUUUCUUCACUGUCCACCAUCCUUGAUUUCGUCUACCACAUGCUGUAUUUCCACAGGUCUGUUUCCCUACAGGAAAUACAUAUCCAGGAAAACAUAAUGUACGGGAUAAACCGCUUCCCAUCUCACUUUUGAUGGAAAGUUAAUUUGUUGUGGCCUUAUAUAACAGAUGAAUUAAAAUCAAAUGAAGUCAGCAUUAUACACGAUGCCACACAGGCCAUGUAUGGGGCCAACGUAGGGUGUAAAGCUCAGUCUGUGUAGUACAGGUGAGACUUAUAUAAGCCAGAAAGAAUUGAAACUUUUCUUUCCUCUUUUGGCCUGCAGUUGAAACCAUACAUGGCAUGUGAUGUCGUUGACCUUCCAUUUACAAAGUGCAUAUUUCAUUUCAGUUUCCAACCACCAAGUACUUGGUGUAUGUGUUGUCUACAAAGAGAGAUAUUUUUACAGCAUGUUCUAUGUGUGUUAGGAAUUUGCUAUUUCCUUGUCUGCUGUUUUCCUUCAACUUCAACGAAAGAUGAUCCUGUAGCCAUGGUAACGUGAAAGUGUUGUACAUGAACCAGAAUGCAUACAGUACAUGUCUGUAUCAAGGGACGUGUCCUCGCACAGGUGAUGCAAGGUUUGGUGGUUAAUUUAAAAAAAAAAUUAUAAUCCACCUGGCCCAUUUGUAAACUCUAAAAGUUAAUCCAUGGAAACAACAUAAAAUUAUGUUUAUCUGUAAGCAUAGUAAUAAUGAUGAUUUCAGAGUUUAUUUGUCUGUUGUUUAACGCUGCACUCAACAAUAUUCAAGCUAUAUGACAGCGGUCUGUAAAUAAUCCAGAAUGGAGCAUACAAUUCAGUGACUGACAUUCUGAACAUCGAUCUAUGCAACUGGGAUACAGUGAAAAGCAUCCACCGAGGCAGGGAAUGUGACCACCAUAUCCCAUUGGUUAUCAGGCUUUUCCAGUUGAUCUACAGAAACAUCGACUACAUGGUAGCAUAUUUGUUUUUUGUUUUUUUUAAAAACACAUCUUCACUAAAAUCAAGAUUAAGAGACCAAAGUGAUAUAUUUUGAACUAAGAAAAUUUGGAAAUCUGUUUUUUUGCAGUAGCUUAGAUUUUUUGUAGAUAAGAUAACAUUUCCAUGACGGUGGAAAUAGGAUGGUGAGGAUUUGAGGAUUUAUAUAUGACUGAAUGCUAUGAUGGAGUUGGAUGUGUGUGCUGUGAAUGUCACAAUUACUGCAGGAAUGUUUGAUAUUUGUACCCUGUUAGUCCAAUAUUUGCCAUAAUCUAUACUCACAAAACAGCCAAAUGUUACUAGUUAAUUUUGUGUACAUAAUUAUCAUUGUGUUGUCAACACUUACAGCAGGUCAGGCCUGAUAUCCAGGAGGUACUUGACUUGUGACCCCGUAGCACGCAGUAUAAUAAAUACCCAGUCCCUAUCCCGGCCACAUGCAUUGCCUACUUGCACAACACCAGCUUCGUAUGUUUGCCUGAGUCACUUCUCGUACAUGUGGAGGUUACAUCAGUCAUUCUCUGACGAAGCACCAGUAAUUGCCUGGUAUGCAUGUCAACUGUGUAAAAAACCUGUUUGUUUGGCCACUAACUCUAUAUGAACAUGGACUAUGUUAGAAAUGAGCAAGAUGGAUGAUUGUCUUCUGUAGGUGGCAUGUACGAGUUGGCAUGAUGAACAAGGAGAGAGUUCCAUGCAUAUACAACUUCUGUAGUACAAUGACUGCCACGUUUCGGUUUCGGUGUAGAUAGCAACACCAUUAUCAAGCAAGUGAUGUCCAUAGAACUGUCUCUCUUGUUGAUAAUUGUUUUGUCAGAAGGUGAAGGUCACGAGAGAGAAAUAACUGCCAUAAAGGGUUUGAUGCUAUACUUUGUUAAGACUUGGUAUGUACCUUAUUUAGGAUGGGGGGGGGGGCAGUUGUCCUGAGGCGCCACGAUUCACUGUGCAGAGUUGCAUCCCUUGGGCACACAGAAACCUAUGAUUGUGGGUUCGAAUCCCGGUUCCCCCCGAUUAUGUUUCCAGGUUUGUCAGCACCAUACCCGUGCUCGUGGGUUUCACCGAACUGGUAAACGUCUGAGACCUGCAUCACAUCGGGCUUUCCUCCCACAUUAAGCUGACACGCCACGAUUUAACUAAUACUGUUAAAAGCAGCGUUAAACCCAACAACUCACUCACUCUUUAGGAUGGGUCCUGUUUUGAUAUGGUUUUGGUCAAGACCUACCUUGAUCAUUCAGUACCUGGAAGUUGACAGUGUGACGAGAUGGAUUCAGGGUGUGUUCUAACCACUGACAUUGAUGAGGAAUUGUAGCAACAAAUAUUUGAAGUACUAUUUACUUCCCUACCAUUCCACAGUUGUGAGUUUAUGUCUUUUACAAGGUGUUGCUGUUACAGAUUUGUUUGUUUCCUACCUUAUUAUAUAUAUAUUAUCUUGUUAUGCAUUCGGGUUGUUGAAUAUGCAUGAUCUCAGACCCUUGGUUUUCUCCAGAAAUCUGUUAGAUAGUAGUGUACUCUUUGAUCUUUUUUGUAUGUCCCAAACUAAAACGUUUUGAUUUUCAUGACUGCAUGCUCCUGACCCCACUCGGUGUACACAUACAAGGUGUACACAUACAGGUAUAUAGGAGUCCGAGUGCAUGCUCCUGACCACACUCGGUGUACACAUACAGGUAUAUAGGAGUCCGAGUGCAUGCUCCUGACCACACUCGGUGUACACAUACAGGUAUAUAGGAGUCCGAGUGCAUGCUCCUGACCACACUCGGUGUACACAUACAGGUAUAUAGGAGUCCGAGUGCAUGCUCCUGACCACACUCGGUGUACACAUACAGGUAUAUAGGAGUCCGAGUGCAUGCUCCUGACCACACUCGGUGUACACAUACAGGUAUAUAGGAGUCCGAGUGCAUGGACAGGUGACCAGUCGGACAAAGUAAUGGAUACUCUAAAGACACGUUUUUGAAGGCCUAAGAAAUAACUGUUGGUUACAAAACUAAUUUGUGUAAGUUGGAACAUAAAUUUGUAAAUGCAUUUGCUUGGCAUUAAUAGAUUUAUUGUCAUUUUGUAUAGCUUCCAAGUUUGGAAAUAAUUGAAUCAAGCUACUCAACUGGUAACUUUUGAUGAACUUGGUGUUUUUUCACUUUGAUAUGUGUUGACAAGACUCCUUCGAAUAAUUUCUGUGAUAAUACUAUAUUGCCCAUGUAUCAUGUCUGGUGUCACUUUGACAUGGAACUAUGGACAGCAAUGUUUUUUAUCAUUUGUGACUAAGGACCAGGGCUAUUUCUUGCCCUCCUUCAACUGAACACUGAUGUGAUCAUAUUCAUCCAAGGUCUAACUGCCAAUAAAAAAUGUGAGUGCAUUUAUUUCAAAUAUCCAGGCAUCCAGUGUGUUUGGGAUCCUAUGGAGGUGGAGUCUUGGCUCAACUUAUCGAUGUAACACCAAUGCAACAGGAGGCACCUUGGAAUAGUUUGGAUGGUAAUCAGGAAUCUCUCUGACUUCCAAUGGGGUGGUGGGGCCAAAUGGGCAAAGUGUUGACUCGUAAUGUGGUAGAGCUGGGUUCAAAUCCCUACAUGGGUACAAUGUGUGAAGCCCAUUUCUGGUGUCCCUGCCAUGAUAUUACUGGUGUAGAACCCAACUCUCUCACUCACUCUUCAUGAUGCAAAUAAAGCGUUUCAUCAAAUAUAAUCAAAUACUUUGAAGGAGGAGAUACAUCCUGUCACCCCCUCCCUCCCCGACACGGACUCAUGGAUGCAUUUUACUGUGAAAUCAAAACAAUUCUGGGGCAUUGUCAGCUUGGCAUCUCAAAUAGGGAAUAUGUAAUAUUGUAAAAUUCACUUUUUAUUUGGUGCAUUUUAUUCCAGUUGAACAGCAUAAUUCCAGGUUUGGUAAAUCUGUUUGAAACUAAUAUAGUAUUUAUUUAUUGCCGCACCUAAUUAACUUGUAUAGCUGUGAUAGUUGUUUUUGAAUAUGCUAUGUUUUAUUGUCAGUGCUUUGAAAUAAUAAUUCAGCCCAUGGACAGCUCUCACAAAAGAUGUAGUUGUGUUGUAAUUGUGAGGUCGUUUCAUAACACUUUGGAUGCAAUUUCAGACAUUGUGUUGGAUUGAAUUGGCUAUCACAACGCUUGAAUGGCCAUACAGGCUUAUUGCUAUAUCAAGUUUGAAUGUCCAUUGCUUUUUUAUGUUUAUGUGUUAUUGUUAUUUGUUUUGUUUGCAAGUAGUUCAAAUUAAUGCUAAUUAUGCAGGUGGAAGUCAAUUAGCACUAUUUCAUAAUCAGUACACUUUUAUACGAUUUAUGCUUUUUAUAUAAAAAAUAAUAUUUGAAUAACUUUUUGUAACACAUUUUAUUAAACUUUAUGGACAUCUACCAAAAUGGAGCUUGAAAAUAACAGUGACACGUACUUAACAUUGUCAGUCAGUUGAAUUUACAUGCGUCCUGAAUUAUGUACCCUUCAGGGCUACGUCUUCAUACUCUCCAAGCCAUAAAAUAACCAUGUAUGUAGGGGUUUCAAUGCAUGAAGUUCUAAGGCUCCGGUUUAAUUAUAUUGUAUGUGUGCAUCUUUGAUAUUCCACUCAUGUAACUGUUAUUAAACAAGUGGUCAUGUUAUUCCAGGCCUUGUCCGCCACUAGCCAGACUUACAUUAAAAGUGUAUUCAAGUUAGGAAAAACACAUAAAUGCUGUUAGGUUCUGUUAUAAAGGUUUUUGUCACACUGCCACACAGCGGACCGACCACGUGGUCAGGUGCCACUGUACUGCAGUGGGGGCGUGGCAGACAACGAAUGGUCAUGUGACUCACGUGGAGGGGAGAGCUACAGGUGCACUAGUCCAUAUGAUUGUGAAUAAAGUCGAUGCUGUUGCAACUA